GCUGUGAAAAGGGUUUUUUGGGGGCAUAUCCCUGAAGUUUUGCUUAUUCAUUUUCAAGGACCUCAGUCUUCCUUCCUUUAUCAAACUACGGUCAAACAAAGGGGGGAAUAUUUUAAUUUCUUUUGGGGUUCAGAAAAACCAAAGGGAAAUUGAAGCCCCAAUAGAGCGAUAGAAGAGAAAAGCCCUACAAACACAAAGGUUUUGAGAGUUGUUAAGGUUAAGAAAUUCUUCAGUAAUGGCAUUGCAAGAGAAGCUGGAUAGAUUUAAUAAGCAGCAGGAGAAGUGUCAGUCGAUGCUCUCCAACAUCGCCGCGAAAUCAUCAUCAUCUAGGGCAGCCGUGGCUCCAAAACCAGCACCUGCACCGCCUUUUUCUGGUGCAAGGCCUUCUGCUCCUGUCAAAUUCUCAAAUGAUACUGAGAGGCUUCAACAUAUUAAUAGCAUCAGGAAAUCUCCUGUUGGAGCUCAGAUGAAACGUGUUAUCGACAUUCUUUUUCAGACAAGGCAAGCUUUCACACCGGAACAGAUCAAUGAAGCAUGUUAUGUCGAAGUGAAUGGCAAUAGAGAUGUUUUUGAGGGCUUGAGGAAAAAUCCAAAAGUGUACUAUGACGGAAAGCGCUUCUCUUACAAGGCUAAGCAUGAUGUAAAAAACAAGAAUGAACUUCUUGUUUUGAUUCGGAAAUUUAUAGAAGGCAUUGCUGUUAUCGAUCUCAAAGAUGCAUAUCCGAAUGUGAUGGAAGACUUGCAGGCUCUGAAAGCUGCAGGUCAGAUUUGGCUGCUAUCGAAUUUUGAUUCUCAGGAAGACAUAGCCUUCCCGAAUGAUCCCAGGGUACCUAUUAAGGUAGAUGAUGACCUUAAAGAGUUAUUUCGUUCAAUUGAAUUGCCACGAGACAUGCUCGACAUUGAGAAAGAUCUGCAGAAGAAUGGAAUGAAACCCGCCACGAACACGGCAAAAAGAAGAGCUGCUGCGCAAGUGCAGGGCAUUUCCGCCAAGCCAAAGCCUAAACAGAAAAACAAGGAGUUCUCCAAGAAGGCUAAGCUAACAAAUGCACAUCUUCCUGAACUUUUCCAGAAUCUCAAGAAUUCUUGAACCCGGAAAACGGGGUCUCACACACAGACGAAACUAGCUAUUCUUCUUGUUUUUUUGUAUGUAGCAACAUAAUUUGAUCCAAUGAUUACUUCUCUUGUAAUAAUAACAGUAAUUUCAUUUUCUUA